AAAGUCGUCUAAUACAUAAUUACUUAAGUGCAAGUAAAGAACGAAUGAAAAUCAUCGGCAAAUGAAAAACUCAGUAAAAUGGAGGUUGUGGCAGUCGGCGGAUGUUGGUGUGACUUUGUCAGUAUUUCACCAAAAUUACCUAAAAAGGGACAGACAAUUUUGGGUAGCAAAUUUUUAACUCAACAUGGCGGAAAAGCAGCAAACGUGGCAGUAACAGUCUCUCAUUUAAAAGGAAAAAGCGCCAUAAUUGGAAGGGUGGGCAAUGAUUUUUGGGGAGAAAACAGGAUUAAAAGUUUAAACGAAUUGGGAGUAAACACCAAUUGCCUCCAAAAGACUUCGGGCCAUCAUACUGGCAUAGCCAUGGUUAAUUUAAGCGAAGCAGGUGAAAAUCAAAUUGUGGGUAUACCAGGAGCCAAUUACCAAGUGUCCGCUCAGGAUAUUGAUAAAUACAAAAGUAUAAUUGAGAAAGCCGAAGUUGUUGUUGUAACUUUGGAAAUUCCCGUUCCAAGUGCCAUACGUUCACUCGAAUUAAGUCAAAGAAUAUCCAUUUUAAAUGCCGCACCAGCUCCCGAAAAUUGUGACCCUGCUUUAUUUACAUUACCCACGGUUUUCGUUGUUAAUGAAACAGAAGCGUCCAUUUUUACCGGAUUACCUGUUGUUUCCUUUGAAGACUGUAAGAAGGCUGUGAAAUGUUUUUUAGAAAAAGGUUGUAAAAGUGUUAUAAUAACUAUGGGUGAAAAAGGUGCCGUCUUCGGCUCAGAUGCAACUUCAGAUCCAAUUCACGUAAAAUGCCCUCAAGUUGCCUGUAUCGAUAGCACAGCAGCAGGAGAUGCUUUUGUCGGAGUUUUAGCCUACUUGAUGACUUACAGAAAGGAUAUUGAAAUGGAACAAAUGGUGGAAGCUGCAUGCUAUUGCGCGUCUUAUAGCGUUACCAUUCAAGGGUCCCAGGCGAGUUUGCCAACACUAACAACAUUGCAGCAAUAUUUUCUCGAAAAGUUUUAAAAUAAAAAAAACAGAGUUUUA